AUGAUGUCCAGCUGCUUCUUGGAGCUGCCGCCCCUUCCCUCGUGCUUGGGGCCAGCGGUGUGGACAAAUCGAGAAGUGCCACCCCAGGAUUGGGGCAUGACAGCCGCGCAAUUCCGCGAGUUUCUGUCUGAAUGCCGAGAGACCCGCCUGUGGCGAUGGAUGAAGGAGAUGCGAGACGUCGUGACGUUGUACGACCUUGUCCAGCACCUUGUAAAGCCUUGGACUCGCGGCACUGGUUGCGGCAUUGCACUGCUGAUGAACCACAAAAAGCCGUGUCGUGCAAAGUUGAUGAUCUCCCACACCUGGGCAGAGGACAUGGACGAGUGUGAGGAAGCCAUUGUCGACUACUGCCUGGAAGAGACUUCUGGGCUCUUCACCAGUGUCUGGUUCUGCGGAUUUGCCCAAUACCAAGCAGGAGAUGAGCCUGACGAUGUGGGGCCGAGCAUAAGUGAGCAACUCGAGCUGGAUCCGUUCGGAUCUGUGAUUCGACACACGACUCCGGCUCUUGGUAUGGUGGUGGUUCACACGUCAUCUGCCGGAGUCUAUGAGCGUCUCUGGUGUGUAUAUGAAAUUGCAGAAGCCACGCGCCUCGAAUCCAAAGUUGGCUUCGCCUUCUCAGAGCGUUACCUGAACCAGCGCCAAACAUCUCUAGUGGAGCUGUUAAAAGCUCGUACUGACAGUGCCGUCUGCAGCAAUCCUGCCGACACUGACAUGAUCCGGUCUCGCAUUCAGGACUUGGGAGGCUUUCGUGCCCUGGACUGGAAGAUCUUCUCCUUUCGCCUGCAAUCCUUGCGGGCUGUGCUGGCUAAGAAGGAUCCGAACUGGCAGGACAUGCUGGCAGAAGAGCUGCAACGUGCUGAAGAGGAGCUGAACAAUUGGUCUCUCUUUGGACGUGCGAAGAGUGAGAAGCCUUUAGAUUCUCACGCUCGAAAUCGCAUGAUGUUUCUCGUGGCCAUGGGCAGCAUUUCAGUUGGCCUGGUCGUAUGUGGUGGUGUGGCGGUCGCAUCAUUGAUACCAAGCGAGACAACGGAGGACUACUGGCCUGAGCCAGACGGACCCACCACCACCACCACAUGUGGAUUUGGCACAUCUGGUUACGGCUGGCCUCCACCGCCGUCUCCGCUGCAGCCGGAUUCCCCCGCACCGGUGCCUGCACCGGCACCGGAUGACCGCCGCCGAUAUUUCUCACCCACGCCUUCACCGCCUCCACCCGCGCCCGGCGCCCUGCCGGGGUAUAAUUGGCCAGCACCUGCACCGGCGCCUGCACUCGCACCCGAUCGCCGCCGACGCCGGAGGUCUGCACCUGCACCAGCACCGCCACCGCCGGAGGAUAAUUGGCCUGCACCAGCGCCGGCGCCACAACCACUGCCGGUGACGACGCCCGUGUCGCAGCCAGAGCCGUUGGGUGGAACGAGUUCCAGUAUGGUCACGCCAUUGCUCGUGACGUUGGUCAGCUUGUUAUUCCUGGCUGGCGUUUGCUUGCUGCUGGUUUGUGUGCUUGGGCUGCGGCGUUGUAGAGCUCCACGCACAGCGCAAGACAACCGCUUGGAGAGGAGCCAACUAGACUGGGCAGAGAAGCUCAACUUCGCGAAGCAGGUGUGCUUGUGCGACGAUGCACCCAGCAGCGGGACGUCACUUUGA